UGCCGGUUGGGAACCUCAGCGCUUCCUCCCGGCAGGGUGCCCUUCCCACGGCGCCCAGGGAUGCUGCCCUGACACCCGCAUCCCCGGGCAGGUGACCCCGUGGUCCCAACCAUGGCUGCAUCCCCUGGAGGGAUCCCCACUGAGCUGCAAGAGGGCAUCACCACCUUCCUGGGGACAAAGAAGGUGCUCCUGGUGCUGAGCAUCCAGCUGCAGGUGAAAUCCAAGUAUGAGGACUUUAUCUUGGUCCUGACACCCUGGCGAGCCUACGUGCUGCCUGUGAUGCUGCCAGUGAGGGUCCACAGCAGCUUCAGCUUCCUGGAGGUGAGGGAGAUGACGGUCCAAGAGCCCAGUGUGGUUGUCAUAGAAACAGAUGCAGCAUCUUAUGCCUUCCGGUUCAUGUCCUUGGAUGAUCUGGAGCAAGUUGUUAUCCAUGUCACCAUGUCACUUAAGAAGGUCUUUCCAGACUCAUCCCUUGGGACGCUGCUCAAGAACUCCCCACCCAGCCUGUACGAGAGGAUCCAGCAGAUCACAGACUCACUGGAGGAAAUGCUGCAGAGCAACCCUGGGCCUUGUGGGGGCUUUUCAGAGACCUACGCUGCUCUGUGUGAUUACAACGGCUUUGCCUUCCGCGAGGAGAUCCAGUGGGAUGUGGACAACAUCUACCACAGCCAGGACUGCCGGGAAUUCAACCUCCUGGACUUCAGCCACCUGGAGAGCAGGGAUGUGGCGCUGAGCGUUGCUGCCUUGUCCUUCAACCUGUGGUUCACCAAGCUCUCCUGCAAGGAUUUCAGGCUGAAUCAGGAGAUUUCAGAGCAGCUGCUCUACAUGCUCAGCAAAUCAGUGACACUGGAGGAGCUGGUGCUGGAGAACAGUGGGCUGAAGGCUGACUUUGUGCAGAGGAUGGCCCAGGUGCUCAGCAGCCAUCCCAACUCUGUUCUGCACACCAUCAACCUCUCUGGCAACCAGCUGGAAGAUAGAGGGGUCACUGCCUUCAGCCGGCACAUGGAGAAGAGUUCCAAGGGUCUGCAGAGCCUCAGCUUGGCCAGGACAACGCUCACAGCCAAAGGGAUGAGCACGUUAUGCAAGGCCCUCACCGAUAACAAAGCCAUUGGAUUCUCCCUCCGGCACUUGGACCUCUCUGGAAACCCUGGCACCCUGGCUGGGGAUGACAUCAGUAACCUGCAGAGCCUGCUCCACCAUUGUCACUCGCUCUCCCACCUUAGCCUGGCUGGCACAGACUGUCCUUUGGAUGCUCUCUUUGGAGCCCUGCUCCAUGGAUCCCACACCAGCCUCAUCCACCUGGAUCUCUCCAAAAACGUGUACUCCCACAGGAGGGUGAAAACCAUCUCCCCUGACAUCAAGGAGUUUUUCAGCCAGGCCUGCUCCCUCAGACACGUCUCCCUGGCAGGCACCAAGCUGCCAGCCGAUGUCGUAAGGGCAUUGCUGCAAGGGCUGGCAGACAACAGUCACAUCAGUGACCUGCACCUGGAUCUUAGCAGCUGUGAGCUGAGAUCAGCGGGGGCCCAAGUCAUCCAGGACCUCAUCCCUGAUGCCAGCUCCAUCAGCCACCUGGACUUGUCUGACAAUGGCUUUGACCCCGACAUGGUGACACUGGUGCUCUCCAUUGGCAGAAGCAAAUCCAUUAGGCACGUCUCCCUGGGGAAAAACUUCAACAUCAAAUCCAAGGAAGGUCUGUUGGAUGUCCUGCACCGCAUUGUCCAGCUCACCCAGGAGGAGGAUUGUCCUCUCCAGUCACUGUCUGUGGCUGAAUCGCGCCUCAAACUGGGAACCAACGUCCUGCUGAGUGCCCUGGGCAGUAACACCAGCCUCGUCUCCCUGGACAUCAGUGGCAAUGCCAUGGGGGACACGGGAGCCAAGAUGCUCGCCAAGGCCCUGCAGAUCAACACCAAGCUCAGGACUGUGGUUUGGGACAGGAACAACACAACUGCCCAUGGACUCCUAGAGGUGGCUCAAGCUUUGGAGAGGAAUUACACGCUCAAGGCGAUGCCGCUGCCGAUGAGCGACGUGGCGCAGGCCUACCGCAGCAACCCCGAGAGGACGGAGGAGGCCGUGCACAAGCUCCAGUCCUGCCUGACGAGAAACCAGCUGCGGCAAACGCUGCCGGCACAGACCUUCCGGCUGCAGCAGGGCAUCCUCACCACCUCUUCUGAACAGAUGGUGAAUGAGAUCUGCCUGAGUGUGCAGAAGCACGUCGACAUCCUGAGCACCUGCACGGGCAGGGAGGUGGAGACGGACAUCCUCUGUGCUGAGGAGGCCAUCAGGAACGCCAACCUCUCCGUCAGUAUCCUGCCCCUCUUGUAUGAGGCGGGAAACACCCCCUACCAGAAUGGCAAGCUGCAGCACAAGCUGGAGUGUCUCACAGAGGAAGCAUCACAGACCUGCAGCCGGGAAAUCCAGGCAAUCAUGCAGGCAGUGCUGGACACGGCCCACAGCCUGUGCCCAGCUGUGGUGCAGAAGAGUGGGGUCAGGGAUCAGCUGGUCAAUGCCAUGUCGGAGCGGAUCUGCCUCCAGGACCACCUCAGCCUCAGCACUGUCCUGGACCAGAUGGUCACCGAUGUCUUCAGCAAGCUGAAUGAGAUCAAGCUGUCCGUCACAGCCGCUGUAGCCGAUUGCAUCGUGGAUGCCGUGCUGGGAGACCUGACCAUUGCCCAGUGCAAACUGGCAGAGAGCCUCUCCAAGCAGGGGCUCGACCUCCUGGUGCUGCUGCCGGAGUCGGCUGAGGACGAUGCCACCGUGCUGGCAAGGGGCAGGAAUCCUCCGGACCUCGCCGCAGAGGAGUACAAGAUGGCCCUGCGGAGGAGAAACAAGCAUUUCAGGAGCAUUCGGCCCACACCAACCGUGAGAAGUAAGGUCACCGCGGAACUCCCCGCCGCGCCGCCGGCACGCCCUGCCUCCACAAAGGAUGCUGAGCCUGCGAGCGGCUCGCUCCCCGCCACGCAGCCUGCCACCGCCACCGGAAUCCUUAUGGACCUGCCGACCGCCGGCGAGAAGCUGGAGCAUUGCACCAAAGCCAGGCCCCGGCCCAACCGCCGGCACAAGCAGCCGCCCAGCAAGCCGAAUGUGCAGCCCGUGGCCUGUGAGAACAGCGAGGACAGGAGCAUCACCCGCGUGGACGAGGGGCUGGAGGACUUCUUUGCCAAGAAGGUCAUCACAGAAACACUGCCCCCCACGACUCCGGAGACCUGCCUGGGAUCAGCCCCUCUGGCUCCCUCUGGUUCCCGCACCCUCAAGAAGAAAAUUGGGAAUUUUUUUGCCUUCAAGAAACCCAAAUCCAGCCGGGGCUCAAGGUGUGAGAAGGAGCCUGAGGGUGGUCCCACCGCCCCUAGGAGCAGGCGUUUGAUGCUCAGUGACAUUUUACGAGCCCCCAGCAAGGCAGGCGAGUCAGGGAAGCCCCUGAGUAAAUCGGAGGAGGGAGGGCUCUCUGCCGAGCCCCACGCAGAGCCUGAGCACUGUCAGACCCCUGACUCUGCCCGGAGGAUCCGGCCCAAGUACUCUCGGGAGGGCAAAUCCCAGUCACUCAUCUUGCUGUCUGGGGAGGACGAGGAUGCGCUGGGGGUCAGGCAUGACAAGAAGAGGCACCUGGAGAAGAGUGAGGGGGAGUUGUCCAGCUCCUUUGAGCAGCGCAUGCAGGUCAUGCUCCAUCGCAUCGGCGUCACCAAGGGCCCGGCUGCUGAGAGCAAGAAGCAGCAGAGCAAAGACAGCGAGAUCAAGAAAGCCGGUUCAGAUGGGGAUAUCGUGGACAGCUCUGCAGACUCUCCCCCAUCCCUGAAGGCCCGCACGCAUUCUGUGUCCACAGACGCACCCUUCCGCAGCCCAGCCGCCAGGACGGAGCCCGGCGCCGAGCCCCGGCCAGCCUGGAAAGCCCUGGGAAGGCAGCUGCCCGCUGAGCCACCGGCCACCAGCUCUGACCAGCCCCGGCGCUCCUUCACCCUAGCAGAGCCCACCGCGGCGCUUUUCCUGGGCAAACGCAUCCCGUUCUAG